AUAAAAACACGAAGUUUUUGGUUUUUGCUUCUAAUUUUUCAAAUUCUAGUGAAAUUUUAACACAAACAUGCUCUAAAAUUUAUUACAGCUUAUUAAUAAUGGUCAAAUAAUACUCAACAAUACUUAUACUUAUCAGAAUAUGCCAUAAACAUGUGAAAUUAUACUCAAACCUUGCGAAACAAAACUACUGAAAUUAUGAAGUUUUUAAAUGCAUUUUUAACUAUUUGUUUGUUCUCUACGGCGCUAUUGGGGGACUACAUAGUGUUUAAAUCGAAAUAUUCGAACUCCUUUCUAUUUCGCGCCAUUGCAGACAGCACAGUUCACGCCGGUGUCGGGCUUUUUUCGUCUUUACUAUUUUUCAGUAGAGGACAGAGUAUGCUGUCUAAUAUUUGCAUUUACAAUGUUAUUAUUUGCACUAUAGUGUCAUCAUUAAUUGAUGUGGACCAUUUUAUUGUCGCUAAAUCUAUAAACUUGAAGGAUCUCACCAAUUUAAAGCAGCGUGGUAUCUUCCACUGCACUACAUUCUGGGUUGUUCUAACAGCUCUCCUAUUAGCAUUAAGUCGCAUAUUCAAAUAUGCCAACGCCUACACAACGACCUGGAUGCUCAUCGUAGCGUUCACAAGCCACCACAUCAGGGACGCGAACAGACGAGGGCUCUGGUGUUAUCCGUUCGGACAUACUCCGCCUAUUAGUACUCAUGUGUACGUAAUAUUACUUGGAACGUUGCCAUACUUGUUUUCCGUUAUGUAUAACUUUAUGAAGCCUGUGUUAGUUGAAAAGCCGAUUGAUUAUACGUUAUUAAUUUGAUAUCUUGAAACAUUAUGUAAUUUACAUGUUAUUCGUUACAAAUUGUCACUUAGUAAGAGAUAAAUCAUUUAAAUUUGAAAAAAAAAAUAGAAAAAUUUGUGAAAGUUAGAAAAAAAUAUUUCUAAUUUUGAACUGUAUUUCAACGCGAAAGGUUAAAAUUAAUGAACUGUAUAGUUGAAAAUAUGGUACAGUCAGCAUCAAAUACUUUGUGACACCUAAAGUGGCCAAAAAGUUGAUAACAACCUUAUUCCAAUUGUAACAAAGACGUGUUGCGAACUUCUUUGCUGCUUUGGGAGUCACAAACUAUUUGUCACUGACUGUACUACCAGAUAUGGGGGAGGCCUAUGUUCAGCAGUGGACGUCCUAUGGCCGAGAUGAUGAUGAUGAUGGGGUAGUAAGGCAAAAUUAAAGGAAGUGUUAUACAUAAUAAUAAGGGAUAGGGCCUAUAACAUACUCUGAUACUCUUAUUGUUAAGGUUCGGCCAAACAGCUGGCGUGCAGCGAUGGCGAUCAAUGCAUUUAAGUCUGGUCGCCAUCGCUGCACGCCGGCUGAUCGCGUGUGAUCGCGUUUGUUUGGCCGAAUCUUUACUUGAUAACUUGACCAACCAAAAGUUGACUGGGAGAGAAUGCUAUAUAGCAUCAAGUUCAGUUUUUGUGUCUGUAGCAUCUGUUUCUCAGUCAGCUAAUUAGUGAUUUUAAAUUAAAUAAUAUUCAUAUAGCAAGCAAAAAUAACUAUUAACUGAAUUUAAAAUCUAAUUUUAUGACUUCAAUUAAUUUUUAUGUGAACUGUGUCUCUUUUUAGAAAAUAGUAGGUAAAUUAGACCAAAGAAUUACUGAUAUACUAAUAUUAUAAAUGCGAAAGUAACUCUGUCUGUCUCGCUUUCACGCCUAAACCACUGAACCGAUUUUGAUGAAAUUUGACAAAGAGAUAGGUUGAGUCCCGGGAAAGGACAUAGGAUAGUUUUUAUCCCGGUUUUUGAAACAGGGACGCGCGUGAUAAAGUUUUUCUGUGACAGAUAAAAUUACACGCGGGGGAAGCCGCGGGUGGAAAGCUAGUAACUAUGUAAUAAUACUUACAUUCAUUCGUAAAUCUUUAGAUUUAAGUAAAAAUAAGGAUUAUGUAUUUAUUCCAUUGAUUAUUAUUUUAUUCCAAAACAGAUUUAUACUAGACAUGUAGAUGUUUAUAUCAAUUUUAAAUAAAAAUCGUUAUUCAUUUU